CUCCACAGCUCUCAUGACUUCACAACCUCUGCUGUUAUACGCCUUUGGAUUGAUUUUGACAUCACUGUUGGUUUUCACACAGGUGUCGUGUCUGCAGUGUUAUGGCUGUAACGUGUUUCAUGGACAGAAGUAUGUGGACGUGGGCUGUGGCAGUCCAGAGAUCAUCACGUGUACUCUCUCACACAAGGGCUUCAAGCAUCGCUUCUGCAUCAAGACUGAAAGCACGGCUCUGGGGAUGGUCCUCACCAGCGGCUGUGCGACGUCACGUCACUGUCAGCAGCACGAGCUGCCCGGGGUUCGAAUCCACUGCUGUGAUUCUGAUCUGUGUAACAGCGCCGCUCUCUGGAGGACAAACAUCAUCACUCUGCCGCUCGGCUUCAUCUUCUGGAUCUCGUGUUUAUGACUCAAAGUCUAUAUGUCUGAACGUUACUGCAGUAGUAUAACUCAUGUAGUGUUCCCUUUAUAAUGAACAUAACAACUGUAAAACAAAGAAAUAAAAACAUGUGAAGAGAGCUGAAGUGAAAUAAUCACAAUCGGCACCUGCAACUGUUACACGUCACGAGCAGCAGACAAUGAUAAUAUAAACCAGCGGUGGAAACUUUUACAUUUUGGCUAGAUUACACAUCCAUCACCAUAAUAUAUGUGAUGAAAUCAAAAGAGGAACACGUGUAGUAGUCUUAAAAACAGCAGUCAGAAACAUCGUCCUCUGUCUGUCUGAUGUAUUCCUCAUUAAACACGCGACAUUUCUCACUCAAGACAGAAGUGAAGUGAACGUACAAUACUGCGGCCUACAGCGCCAUCUGUUGGAUUUGGUUUGUAUUGCAUCCCAACUCAAACGCAAUGAUAUUUAAUUUAAUGCAAAAAAAUUCUCGCGGACCGUAGUUUUAGUCAUCUGUUAUCAAUUUAACGGUCUUAAAUUGUCCGCUUUCACUGCUUUAUUGAGUGUUUUCUGAUGCAUCAAAACACUUCAUAUUGUAAACGAAAAAAAACUCCAAAAUGUAUAAAUACGCAGACUGUAAAUUAUAAACUAUAAUUUCUAGGGAAACACACAGGUCACGAAUCUUUAAUUCGCUUUGACAGUACAAACACUUUAGACGAUUAGCGUUUGACAGGAACGGCUGCGGAGCUGCGCAGAACAACGGUCAAACAUGACGUCAAAGUACCGCGAGAGCGAUUUGAAAGCAGUCCGGAGAUAUCUGAUCUCGCGGUGCUGUGACGCCAAUCGGUCUG